AUGUCGAAGCCUGGCGGUCUCAGCGACGAGCUCCUUAUCAUGAUCUUGGAACAUGCAAUGAACCGUGAAACGCCUCUCUGGAUCGACGAAUGUCUCCAACUCCCACGGUUUAAUUACUACGCUGCUGGGCACUCCCGAUUCCGCCGAUUGGGAAAGGAAAUCUUCUUCCGCACGAAGCCCUUUCUCAUGUCCCUCGAGAUGAGCGAGAAAUUCCUUACCGGAGAAUCCUGGCUUGACGUCGAGCCCCCAACGAAAGAACAAACUUUGAAUUUGUACAAGCGGAAGGAGAGCGAAAUAGCGGCCACUGAUAGCCAACAUCUCGUAUUCGAUUAUCGAUAUGAGCUAGACAUGUGGUGUGCUUUGAGCGCUGAAGACCGCGACCUUGCGGUUUCAAACAUCCGACACAUUGUCUUCUCAGAUGUGGCUGCUUGCCAAAAGCUACAUCUUGCAAUUAUCAAGAUUCCCAAGCUGACGAGCACAUUCGAUGCCCUACAACGGUGCGACAUCGUAGUCCGGGAAGAAAACACGAGGGAUGAACCUGGAGAAGCAGUCAAAGACUAUCAGCUCUAUCUCAAAGGCCAACAAGAUGAUGACAACCAAGAGCCCGACGGUGAUUUGCGUCACACGGUCGCCAAACUUGAAGCGAAGUUAAAGAUUAUUGGCAUGAACGACAUCAAGCUACGUCUGUGUCCUGGCCAAGGAGGUCACGAACAGUGCGAACGACUACGCCUAGAGAGAGAGGUGUUUCCUUUGUUGAGAUUCAUAGUGGAAACACGCAGCAGGAAGAAGUAG